GGGGAGGGGCCUCGUCGAGCCCAGAAAAACGACAACGCGAGAAAAAUUAGUAUUUUUGCACUUCACAAAUUAAUGACCAUGAGUUCGUUUUUGAUAAACUCCAACUACAUCGAGCCCAAAUUCCCUCCCUGCGAGGAGUACACGCAGCACGGCGGCAGCGCCAGCAGCUCCUCCGCCAGCUACCACCCGCACCCGCACCCGCACCCGCACGCCCCGCCGCCGCCGCCGCCGCCGCCGCCGCCGCACCUGCACGCCGCCGCGCACCCGGGCCCGCCGCUGCCCGAGUACUUCCCCCGACCGCGCAGGGAGCCCGGCUACCAGGCUCCCGCGGCGCCGCCCGGGCCGCCGGGGCCGCCUCCCGAGGCGCUGUACCCGGCGCAGGCACCCUCCUACCCCCAGGCGCCCUACAGCUACAGCAGCGCCGGCAGCGCCGCCCCGGGCCCCGAGCAGCCGCCCCCGGGCGCUUCGCCGCCGCCACCGCCGCCCGCCAAGGGCCACCCCGGGCCGGCCCAGCCCCUGAUCCCCGGCCAUGCCCUGCAGCGCCGCUGCGAAGCGGCCCCCGCCGCUGGGGCCGGCACCGGGGCCGGGUGCCCGCUGCUGCCCGACAAGAGCCUGGCCGGGCUGAAGGGGAAGGAGCCGGUGGUGUACCCCUGGAUGAAGAAGAUCCAUGUGAGCACGGUCAAUCCCAAUUACAACGGAGGGGAGCCCAAGAGGUCUCGCACUGCCUACACCAGACAGCAGGUCCUGGAGCUGGAGAAGGAGUUCCACUUCAACCGCUACCUGACCAGGAGGAGACGCAUCGAGAUCGCGCACACCCUCUGCCUCUCCGAGCGCCAGGUCAAGAUCUGGUUCCAGAACCGGCGCAUGAAGUGGAAGAAAGACCAUAAACUGCCUAACACAAAGAUGCGCUCCUCAAACCAGUCCACACUGAGCCAGCAGUCCAAAGCACAGACACAGGGCCACCCCCAUCCGCUCGAUGGGUCUACACCCAACGCAGCCGCGCUAUAAAUACGGUUAUUAUUAUUAUUAUUAUUUUUAAAUAUAUAUAUAUUUACCUAUCUAUUGGGGUUUUCCAGCUGCCCGUGCUGGUGGCUGGCCGUUUGGACCAAACAACUGUGUAAAACAAAACAGGAGCAGAAAAGGAAGACGAGACGUGCCCAAGAACGGGCACAUGUUUAAACCAAAACCCGGACGAUUGUCUACAUUGUAUAUAGAUAAUGGUUCCAUGCCCAUCAUUUUUUUUCUAUUUAUGGAAACACUCUCAUGCCCUCGGUGUAAGAGAGUGCUGGAUGCUGUCACGGACGGAUUCUCUGUACCUAAGACGGACUCUUUUUUUUUUUUUUUUUUUUUUUUUUUUUUGUAGAGAACACUUUAAAAAUAAAAAGACGGUUAAAACAAAGCCAAGACCUCGUGAGACACUUGUUUAAGACAUUGACUUGAAUAGCGGUCUUUCGUGGCGUGGUCGUGGAUUCCCGUGUGCAUCUGUGUGAGGGUGCACAUACACGUAUGCACACACGCCAACACAGGAAAGCGAGCGAACACGUUCACGGAGGUUAAAAACUCGCGAAAACUGUCCCCUCACGCUGUCUCAAGGGAAGUGUUUUAUGUAUCAAAGGUAACUUAACUGGUUUUAAGUGUAGCCCCCGCUGUAGCUGUGAUAUAUUAGUUUUUCUCCACAUUCCCUGUUGCAUUUAUUUAAAAAAAAAUGCUAUAAAGGCUGUUGCUGUCUUCA